AUCCACACUUGUGUGAACAUGCACUGACACAAAUACACACCUAAGUUUGAAUGUUUUAGCGGUAGCAGAAAUGUUUAUGUGUGUGUGUGUGUGUGUGAGUGUGUGUUGGUAACUUGGUAUCAGUUCUUAUCUGGCCAUGAUCUGACGGGUGUUUGAUGGACUUGUAGCAAGCAAAUGUGUCUUCAGCCGAUCUGUGUGUGUGUGGAUGAGGGGCGUGAGGUGCCUUUGAUGGUGUGAUAAAUGCACAUGUGUGUUUGUGUGUGAGGGCGGCUGCCAGGGUCAGCUCUGUCCUGGGAAAGUUGAGCUCUCCAUUUACAUCAGCACAUGUUGAGGCCUUCUGGUGGCUGCAUGAGUGCACAGAUGGCACCAGCUCAUAGCUGCAGAUACACUGAGGAGGAGCUACUCGAGCCUGAUAAAUGGAAGGCAUCAGCUUGCUAUUUUUCAUCAUAAUCACUGAAAGUGUUGCGAUUGUGAAGUAGAUAUGAAAUCAGAACAGUGUUGUUCAAUAGGAAAAUAAAUAUCAAAUCACUAGAUUUGGUAGUAUGUGUACACUUUUUGAGAGAAUUAAUGUGCACGUGCCUUUUACCUAUUUAUUCAGUCGAGUUUAGACCAAAACCAAGUUGGUUGCCCAUAGUAACGCCUGUCACAUGUCCCCACAUCCUUGACCUUUCACAUCGUUUAUCACUUGACCUCAUAUUUUAUUCAGGAGAUAUUUGUGCUUUUGGUCCAUCCAUCCAUCCAUCCAUCCAUGUUGUACGUUUUGGUGUGUUUUACUUUUAUAAAGCGAAAAGGAUUAUUUUAAAGGACCUUUCAGUUGUUUUCUCUGACUUUUCAGAUCUUUCCUCCAGCUCUGCGACUCGCGGGUCAGUGAAACGCAACACUGCGCGCAUGUGUCGUGCAUUAAUCCUCUUACUGCAGCAGAUGCUCGUCUGUCAGUCAACCUGCCGCGGGUGCGCGCGCUCGAACUUGACUGGAGAGCGCGAGACAGAGAGAACGCAGCAGGUGCGCGAGGGAUUCACCGUCAUUUAGCGAUGCAGGAAUGGUAAAUAAAGCAGUUUAUUGAACUAAUCAUGUCUUGACAGCGGCCACGGGCUUGUUUUGAACCACUAAAGUUGCAUUUGUUUACUGGAAAACGCAAUGCCGUCGCAGGACGAGGCUCAGGCGGUCAAUGAAGCCGACAGUCCGCCUCCGGUUCCACCGCGAGCGAAUCUUAAGCAAAAUUCACCUGAGCGCCGUGUCAAGUGUGUGCUGGUCGGGGAUGCAGCGGUGGGUAAAACGAGUCUGAUCAUCAGCUACACCACUAACGGGUAUCCGGCGGAACACAUUCCCACCGCCUUUGAUAACUUCACAGCUAGGGUUGUGGUGGAUGGAAGACCAGUUGAGCUUCAACUGUGUGACAUGGCAGGACAGAGAUGGGGGGCAGCAGAUCAGCCUCUAUAUGACGAGUUUGAGCGCCUCCGUCCACUCUGUUACCGUGACGCUGACGUCUUCCUGCUCUGCUACAGCGUGGUCCUUCCAUCCUCUUUCAGGAGCGUGACGGACCGCUGGGCCCCUGAGGUUCAUCGCCUCUGUCCGGGAGUUCCCAUCAUCCUCGUGGGCACCCAGUGUGACUUACGGGAGGACGUCCAGGUGUUGAUCCGACUUGCAGACAGCCAGGAGAAACCGGUGAGCGGAGAUGACGCCCGCCUCUGCGCUCGGAGCAUCGGCGCCGUGACGUUUACUGAGUGCUCAGCGCUGACGCAGAAGAACCUGAAGGAAGUGUUUGACGGUGCCAUCUUGGCCAGCAUGCAGCACGUGGAGGAGGCGGCGUCGCCGAUGAAGCACACGCUAAGAGAAAAAACUCCAGACAAAAUCAAACAGCUCUCAGAAACAUGGUGGAGGAAACUGAGCUGCGUCCAGAGCUUUGACCUUCAGUGACGGAGAAUCCAGUCACGCCACACUGCUGGGUUUGAGUUGCCUUUCUCGCUACAGUAAGACACUCACAAUAUAAAAAACCUCCAGAUGAAAUGGGAUUUUAUGCAUUAAUGUGAUGCAUUUCCAAAUUGAACAGUAUGACGAGCAGCAAUGUAGAACAGGAUGUGGCAGUUAGUGCAAUUUAAUAUAAAAUUUACAAUAAUUGUCUUAGGAAAAAAUGUAGAUUGAAUCAUGCACAAUAAUGAAAACAUUCAUUAAGAAAGUAAAUCAGUUUUGAUUCAGGUUGACUAGACAUUUUAGAUAUCAUCAUGCGCCACUGAAGACUGGAAUAAUAGCUGCUAAAAAAAUCAGAUUUGCAUCAUAGAAAAAAAUUAAUUUUAAAACAUAUUCAAAUAGACAACAGUUAUUU